AUGCCCGAAUCAGUGGAAGGCGACUGGUCUCUCAUCGAAGCAACCAAAGAUGGACGCCUUUCUGAUGUUCAAGAACUUCUGGUCAAUGGAUGUGAUAACUUCAUCUUACGAGACCAAACGGGACGCACUCCACUCCACUGGGCUUCUGAAAAAGGCAACCUCCCGCUUAUCUAUACGUUUGUCGAGAACGGAUGGGACAUCAAUACUAAAGACAACCAGGGUCAGACACCCCUUCAUAUCGCCUGUCAGCACCGCCAUGUGGACAUUGCGAUGUGUUUAGUAGCUCUUGGUUGUGAUGUCAAUACAUGUGACAGUCAACACAACACACCGCUUCAUCGGGCCGCCCGAUCAAACCUCGAAGGACUUGUAACAAUGCUCUGUAACUGUGGGGCGUCGGUUCGAGCUCUAAACUGCUGCCAGUGGUCGCCUCUCUACGAAGCAAUUCGUAUGGGAAACGAGAUAAUGAUCAACCAGUUACUGGAACACGGAGCAUGCGUUAAUCAGUCGCAAAGGAACAAUAUGUCGCCAUUCUUGACGGCCAUCUUUUAUUACCGAAUUGCAUCUCGGAAUUCCUACAAUAUCGGUCCCGUGUUGAAGUCUUUUAUCCGCCACGGAUGUUAUCUCAGCCAUAGUGACGGCCUAUGGUCUCACCUCUCUGCGGCCGUUUCUAUAGACCAAACCGAAGUGGCCACGAUGCUUAUUCUUAACGGCUGUCGCAUUGAAAAACGUGGCCGAUACAGCCGCAGCCUACUAGUGGACAUGUUUGACAGGUGCGAAACGCGUCUUGUCAAGCUAUAUGUGAUGGCCGGUUAUUCGCUGACCUGGGACGAAAUUGACCAGUGCUCCCGACGAGUGCCAAGCUUUUCCCGCUCUUUUAUGAGACUCGUACAACCCGGUUCGGAUAUCGGAAGUGCAAGACGCCACCUACUGGAAUGGCUGCGUUGGCGUAUAAAAAUGCCGUUUAAACUUUCUGAGAUCUGUCGCGCCUCUAUACGAAGCAGACUUAAUGAAGCCAGCGGUGAUACCAGUAUUCUUCCCCUGAUAGACAGACUUCCGCUUCCUACUAUUCUCCGAUCAUUUAUUGCAAUGGCUGACUGGUCUUCCCAGGAUGAUCCUUGCUCCUGA